AUUUAAUCAUGUUUUCUUAUGCUUGGAUCUGCUGUCCUCUUUCAAAGAACAAUAACAAGUGACUACUCUACUCUACUGCAUAAGCUCUCUAUCUAUCUAGGGAGAUGAAGAGAGAAUGCAGCUGCAAAGCUGUAAUCAUGAGCUAUCUCUCUCUUUAAUAAAGAGUUAAGAUCUGAGCAGUUGAUGUUCAGACACUGACUUGAUUAACUGUCAGAAUCUGAAGUUUUUUUCUAGACUAAUAAUGUAUGUAUAAACAGUGUCUGAAGCAUUCAUUGCUCCAUACAAACACAACAGAAUCUAUGAUCAUUGACUGUCUCAAAUUCUCGAAUUCUUAAGUUCGUUAUUUAUCUUGUUGAUGGACAGUAUUCUCUGAUCUUCUUCUGCUAUCUUUUUGAAUCUACUAAGGACUGAUACCUCUCGCUUUCAUCACAUCUACUCUAUCUAUAUCAGAAGUGUUUUAAGCUGAACACUUCAGCUCUGAAUCUUGUCAACACCAGCUUUCUGAUAUCAAUUUCAACCCUUUCAUCUGUCAAAUAUUAGCUUUUACAACCCCCAACACAGAAAAUGGUCCAAAUAGCCCCAGGCCGUGAGCCCCCUCCGAUAUUCGCGCUGACUCCAAGAUCCCGCCGUCGACGCCGUCAGCAGAUCCAUGAAUCCCACCACACCAGACAUAACCGCCCACCUCCCAUCGUAAUAGAUGAGAGCGACAGCAGUGACACCCUAGAUGGCGAUGAAGAUAGGGAGCUAGAUUUCACCGCAAGAUACAACGAGGAUGACUUCGUAGAUGACGAGCAAUUGCCCCAGAUCCUCUCCAACCUCACAGCCAAUAUCGCCCCCUGCGUCAACCAUACUGCGCCCUCCGAAGUCAAAGAAAUCAUCCCAGAGUUCCUUUCCGACGGCAAAACGUACAAGAGUGGGAAAUCUGUGGAGCUGCGCGAUGGUUCUUUUCUCCGCAUUCUGGAGGUCGCAAGGGGUAUGGGAGGGGAGAUAUCACUGCGGGGUUGGCGGCUUCAGCGACAAGAUACCAUGGACGGAUUGAUGCCUGAGCGCAUCAAUGAGUUGUGCUGGAUCGUGAAUAUUUCGGACGAGGAGGCUGCUGCGGGUAUAACUACCCAGGUCGACGAGGUGGGCUUACACGAAGUUAACGGCUUAAGGAUCAUUCGGUUUACGAACAAGCUUUAUCCGAUGCUACAUGGUGACAAUGGCGGUUUUGCGACGGAGGGUGAGCGACGGCGGGAGGGGAUUCUAUUCUGCCGCGCGAAGUAUAUCAGGGUAUGGACUACUCCUUCCGCCUCUACUUCUGCUUCUCCGUCUGCCCGCAAACCACGGAUGGAAGAGCAAGCAAUUCAAUUCCUCCGUCCGCACGAAGCAGACUCUGGCUAUUCGGUUGACGCUUGUUCGCUGCGAUUUCGCUGGAGAGGUGAAACGCGGCUGGGUGGAAGCUACAUCGGUCAAGAAAUCACACCAACAAUAAUAGAUCUGUCAACGAACACCCCGACAAUCCUGGGCGGUACCUCAACAACCGUCCAGCAGUACACAUUUGGAGAUGGCUUCUGCGGUGCAGGCGGGGUAUCCAGGGGCGCAUUACAAGCGGGUCUCCGCUUGAACUGGGGAUUUGAUCACUCCCUAUCCGCCAUGGACUCGUUCCGGCUCAAUUUCGAGAGCGCAAUUGGCUAUACAUCUGACGUGGCGGAUUUUCUCGCCAACAGCCCCGCGGAAAUCAUGGUGGAUAUCCUACACUUUUCCCCUCCCUGUCAAACUUUUUCGCCGGCGAAAACGAUCGCCGCCGCCACGGACGAUGAUAAUGAAGCGUGCAUCUUCUGCGCGCGCGAGCUGCUAGAGAGAACUAAGCCUAGGGUUGUGACCAUGGAGGAAACGGCGGGACUGCAACAGAGGCAUGAGGAAUUCCUGUUCGCGACCAUAAAUGCCUUUGCGGAACUGGGGUAUUCUUGUCGUUGGAAAUUGCUCCGGUGUCAGGAUUACGGGGUCCCCCAGUCUCGUCAACGGCUGGUUAUUUUGGCAUCAGGACCAGGCGAACCCCUCCCCCCCUUCCCAAAACCCACCCACGGCCCCCCAGAUACCUCAAACACUCAAACAUACAACACCCCCGUCCUCCCCCGCUACCGUACCAUCCACGACGCCAUCUCCACAAUCCCCCCUAACCACCCAGACCACGACGUCCCGUACGCCAGCAGACGCCCGAUGGCCCGACCACCCUACGACCCGCACACGCAAGCAAAGACCAUAACCUGCAACGGGGGCGAGAACUACCACCCGAGCGGCACGCGCACGUUCACGUACCGCGAGUUUGCAUGCCUGCAGACGUUCCCGCUUGAGCAUCGGUUUUGCGGGAAGAGCGUUAAGAGGCAGAUUGGGAAUGCGGUGCCGCCGGUGCUGGGGCGGGCGAUCUUUUUGGAAGUGAGGAGGGCGCUGGAAGGGGUUGAUGGGGUUGAUGGUGAUGUGGAGAAGGGGAAGAGGAAGGGAAAAGUUGGUGGUGGGGUUGGUGUUGGUGUUGAUGCUGACGUGAGGGAGAUGGUGGAGAUACUGUGAGUGAGUGUUUGAACGGAUCUGUGUGUGUUUCAUUCUGAAGGGAUUGAGCGGCCUGUAUGAUGUGUGGUGGCAUGUAGAUGAAAGAAGAAUUUUCUAUCUUGCUAUACGUUGUUGACGCUAUGAUAUGAAACGUGUAGGGCCGUGUUGGGUAUGGAUGCCUUCUUUGUGCUAUUUUCGUUGUCCCUCUGUCUUGAUCUGCUCAUUUUUUGUCUUAUCGUUGUACUUUCAUGUCUGGACAUCUUUCUCAUCUCUGCCAUCUAUGUUGAAAUCUUUGUUCUUGUUCUUGGUUUUGGAUUUUUUUUUCUUUUUCUUUUUUGUU